AUGAUGAAGAGCAGAAGUGCUAUAGAAUCAGCCACCAGGCAGCUGGGUUCAAUCUUAUCGACGACAUCACAAACAGUCAUUAAGCCAGCAUUCUCAACACACCCUGACUUGAAACGAUACAAUCUUUCCUCCAGAGAUGUAUGCACUCCUGAUAUUUACAUCCCUAUGGUUCUUUUCUUUCCUAGCUCAUCCGUCUCGCCUCGCGGAAGCAUGAAUAAAAUCAGCCAUGCUGAGCGUCUGAAACGUUCCUUGGCGCAGACCCUGACUUCGUACUAUCCAUUUGCGGGCAGGUUGUCAGGUUCCGGAAAUUACGUCAAUUGCAAUGACCAUGGUGUGGAGUUUGUCGAGGCCAGAGUCAGUUGUGGCAUGUCUGAAAUCCUGGAAAAUCCGGCUGAUUAUAGCUAUGCUGAAGAUGACAGUUUAGGCCUGCUCUUCCCACCAGGCUCUGUGUGGGAUGGAUUGAACAUGAAUAACAACAAUUCCAGCCCUUUAAUGGUUGUUCAGCUGAACCAUUUCGACUGUGGAGGAAUAGCAUUGGCUGUCAGCAUAACACACAGAAUCACAGAUGGUUGCGGUGUCAACACUUUUCUCACACACUGGGCAGCCGUGGCUAGUCAAUCAGGCAAAUACGCGCAGCCUCAUUAUGCUUCCUGGCCAUCUGUUGAUUCAGAUCUACCGCUAGUAGAAUCCUGCUCACUUCAAAAGAGCUGGAUUACUAGAAGGUUUGUGUUUCACAACUCAAGCUUAGCGAGGAUUAAAGCAAUGGUUGCUAAGCAGGGACUUGUGGAGAAUCCCACAAGAGUCGAAGUUCUGACAUCACUCCUUUACAAAUCUUCAAUAGCUGCUUCACACUCUGGCUUCAGUCCUUCCGUCCUGAUCCAGCCAGCAGAUAUGCGCGCUAGACUCAUGGUCCCGGAAACUGCUGUUGGAAAUUUUUACUGGCGGUACUUUAUAGAGGUGAACCAAGAGAGUGACACGAAAUUACCUACACUGAACAAUCAAAUAAAGAAAGGGAAAAUGGAGCUGAAAAACAUGGACUUGAGCACUAUGGAUGAUGCUAAAAUACUAGGCUUAACAGUCAUGGAAUACAUGAAGAAAAACUACAACAUAUAUAUCUGCAGCAGCUUAUGCAAUUUUCCUCUCAAUAAGGUCGAUUUUGGGUGGGGGAAGCCGGUGAAAGUGAGUCUUGCAGAGGGUGGUUGUACUAAUAACUUUCUUCUGAUGGAUACCCCUGGCGGAGAUGGGAUUGAAGCAAUGGUUUGUUUGGAUGAAGAAACAAUGUCCAGAUUCGAAACUGAUGAGGAGAUUCUCAGAGCUACUUCAACUUUGCAGUGAUGAAACAUUAGACUUGCAUUCAUGUGUGUUUUUAUCGAAGAGAUUCAUAUUGAAUACAAUUGCUAUGAAUUUCAGUUGUUUCUUCUAUGUUUGAGAGUAUUUUCAUAAUAAGCUUACUAUUUACUUGUUGGUGAAAGGUUGCUAAUCUUUUGAGGGUGAAAUGCCAGCUUAUCAACAACCAGAUAAACAGCUUUAUUAUUUACUGUUC